AUGGAGGAUGGCCGAGAGAAGCGGCUUGAAGAAGCCUGCGAAUCCCGCAGGUCCUACAAGAACAUGGUCAGGGCGCCUUUGGCAGCAAAGGCCUUCUUUACUGGUAAAAUGGCCGCAGCAUGGGCUGCAAGCAGGCCUUUCGUUGUGCGAAAGCAAGAGCAAAAGGGAAACUCAAGAUCCCAAGAUACUCGGAAUCUGGGCUUCAAGCCCAUGGUUCACAAUGGGCAACUUGAUCAAGCUGAGUCCUCGGAAUCCACCGCCUUUGCUGGAAUCAUUGACUCAACUGACUCCGCCACCUGGCACCAGAAGGACGAAGCUAAGGCUUUAUGUGUGACACAAGGGGCCUUCCAGAUCCUCCUAGUCCAGCAUUCUAUCUUCGACUUCCCCAUCAACCUGCGGCCAGCAAUGAGGCAGCCGAGUGCCCCAACCACCCCAAUCAUCCUUCCGACAGGAGCUCAAAAGCAGAGCGCUUGA